ACUCUCAGUUCUUAGCUCAGUGGACAUUUGAUAAUUUGACUAAGGCUGGGGACUAACUAUUGUGACCGAAAAGGAAGAAGUACCCUCCUCUCACCAGAAAGCCAGGCCAAUAGCAUCAUGCAUCCUUGGGUAGCCAUCCUGGGCCUCCUACUCCUGCCAGAUGGUGUAACCUCUUACCAUCGAGUGACUGGAGUGGCGGGUCAGAGUGUCACUCUACCCUGCUACUAUAAUGGAGAAGUCACAAGCAUGUGUUGGGGCCGAGGGGCAUGUCCUUGGUUGAACUGUGGAACUAACAUCAUCUGGACUGAUGGAUACAGAGUCACCUAUCGGAGGGAUGGACGUUAUCAGCUAAAUGGCAAUAUUCGUGGAAGGGAUGUGUCUUUGACCAUAAACAAUGCUGCCGUGUCUGACAGUGGCUUGUAUUGUUGCCGAAUUGAGGUGAGAGGGUGGUUCAAUGACAUAAAAACCACCCUAGAGUUGAGGAUCAAUCCAGCUCCACCUACAACGACAACAACCACCACCACUACAACAACAACUACCAGCACUACUCCUACAACCACUACCACUACUCCAAGAACAACCACCACUACAAGAAAGACAACUACCACCACUACUCCAAGAACAACCACCACUACAAGAAAGACAACUACCACCACUACUCCAAGAACAACCACCACUACAAGAAGGACAACUACCACCACUACUCCAAGAACAACCACCACUACAAGAAGGACAACUACUACCACUACUCCAAGAACAACCACUACAAGAAAGACAACUACCACCACUACUCCAAGAACCACUACCACCACCACCACUACUCCAAGAACAACCACCACUACAAGAAAGACAACCAUUACUACUACUCCAACAACGACUACCACUAUUACAACAACCACCACUACUACCCCCCAAACAACCACCACAACUCCAACAACCACCACCACCACUACUCCAACCACAAUGGUCACCACUGCUCCAACAACCACCACCACUGCUGUGCCAACAACCAUCAACACCACUACUCCAACCAUGACAGUCACCACUGCUUCAGUGACAGUGAGGUCCUCUACUUCUGUUCUUCUAAUGCCAGCACCCACAGAGGACCUCCAGCCAGCUUCUUUAUCUUCUCCAACUCAGACAGCAGAAAGCCAGCCUACUACCCUGUAUGAAAGAAACAUAACCAGCUCACCAUUGAACUCUUGUUCAACAGAUGGAAAUGGCACUGUGACACAGUCUCCAGAUCCCCACUGGCAUAACAAUCAAACUCCUGCGGCACUGGCACAAAGAACAUGGAUGAGCACCAACAAGGGAGUCUACAUUGGAAUCUCGGUUACUAUUUUGGCAUUGUUGGUCAUGUUUGUGGUUUUCUGGAUUAGGAGAAGAUAUUUUUGCCUGGGGAGCAAGGUGGAGCUACUACGUGUGAUUCCAUUGAAAGAUUCUCGCAUUGGAGCUUUGAAAAAUGCAGCUCUGAAGCCUAUUCAAGCAGAAGACAAUGUCUACAUUAUUGAUGACUGUCACUAAGUCCUGGAUCCAGAUUCUAAAGUGUUAUGCCCUUGACUGUAGAACAAAGUGACAAGAUACCAUGUCAGAGUCCUCUGAAUCAGCUGCAGAAUUUUUCAGUCAGUUUCCCAUGGCAUUCCUCUGAGUCAGGGACACUGGAUAGAGUGAUGCUAGCUCGACUGUGUAAAGUCAACCUCUGUCACAGAGUCCUAAUUUUUUAUACCAAAUUGGCUCAAACUUUC